UAUCUUUAUUAUUUUCAUGCCAACCGUUUUGCGGCUCAACAAGCAAUGGAUUGCUGCACUUGUUAUUAUCACCUUGAUUUUGGUUUCGUCGUUCUUUUUUAGUGGAAGACAGGCCCAACCUCCAGCCAUACCUCUUCCUAUUGUUGAGAUAGAAAGCUAUUGGCCAUCGCCUGUCGAACGGGCAGUGUGUAAGCCGAAAAUAUAUGUCUAUGAGGCCUCUAAGGAUUUCCAAGUACCUGAAUCGGUUCAGGAUGGAAGAUGCGAUGAGUCCAAUUACAAUUCCGAAAUCAUUCUUCAUCGUCAAUUGACUGAUCCCAAUAGUAACAUCAAUAAGCUUUAUGUGACCAAAAACCCCGAAGAAGCAACCUUUUUCUACAUACCUUUCUUUGGCAGCUGCUACCUUUAUAACUGUUGGUCUAAGAAUGAAUGGAAGUGGACUGAGCGAUGCGAUGUUGAUGAGCUUUAUGUGGACCCUAUGAUGAAUAUGGUUAUUAAUGAAUACCCGUAUUGGAACAAGACUCAGGGCCGAACUCAUAUAAUGGUGCAUCCGAUGGAUCAGACUUUUACGUAUUACAAGCACAACGAGCUCUUCCAACCUGCCGUUUUCUUAAAGACAGUUGGGGACAAGCGCCGGAAAUGGAUGCACCGCCACAGAUACCACCGUGAUAUUGUGAUCCCUUCGGCAACUCGCCUAAUUCACCACCUCAGAUACAAUCCCGAAGACUAUGUUACUACUGAAGGACAUCCCAAAACCGGCACUCGAACUAUAUUUGCCCUUUUUCAGGGCUGCUGCACUACGGUGGGCCCUGAAGACGAAUACUCUAAUGGCAUUCGAUCGCUAUUCCACAAGACUUUUGCCAAAUACCCAGGUUAUGAAAUUGGCGACGUUAUUACGGAUUUGGAAUACGCCGACAAACUGGCUCAUGCCAAGUAUGGGCUAAGCCCCAUGGGCUGGACCCUUGAUACUACACGUAUCUGGGAGUUUAUGGCAUUUGGAGUGGUUCCGGUGGUUAUUGCGGAUGGGAUCAUUGAGCCGUUUGAGUUUGACGUCGAUUGGGAUUCAUUUGUGGUUAGGGUGAGGCGCGACGAGGUACAUCGCUUGGACGAGAUUUUACGCGGGAUUGAUGACAAGACAUACGAAUACAAGCGCAGAAAGUUGUGGGAGUAUGGACGGCGCGUUGGGUUAGAAAUGGACGCUUGGCAUUUUAUUGUUCGCGAAUUGUGCCGUAUACAGGGUAUCAACCAGCCAGAAAAUCUCCAAUUAGGGUAUUAAAAGAAAACAGACUAUUUCUUUCAUUGUUUCUCUUUGCUUUUAUUUUUGUUUCUUUGCUUCACAUUUAUACACACUUUAAUCACUUUAUUAUUUGUUUCAUUAAAAGAUCUAUCUUUCGUAUAAUUCAAUAUAUUCAUCGACAUUUUGCUUUUUACAUGCCUCUCUGCUUCAUCUGCAUAAUCAAGGCCACCUUCUUCCGGAUCAUGGCACCAAACAACUUACGGUUGCGUUGGAUGUUGAUACGUCUCCGUGCGACGUUUGGCUUCUCAUAGUUGGUGUUGGCACGCAACUCACGCUUGACAUUGUUCUGGUUAAGGAUAGCAUUGAGGCGACGGUAAGCACCGCUGGGAUUUCCGCUGAUUGCAAGGGAACGACCAGAGUAAGGCUCGAGAGAAGUUGAAAGGUCUUUGGAGAGCUGCAUUGGAGGAGCCAUUGUGCUGGGCAAGAUAUUGUCUUCCUGUGGUUCAUUCGACUGGGUGACUGCACGUGUGGGGGUUGUGGUAAUUGUGCGAAUGGACUGGAAGGGUGCAAGAGGCAUGAAGCCAAAGCGGCGGGUAAGACCUACGAGAGACUGUCGCAGGGCCAUGUGUAUCUAUG